AUGUUCAUGCCCCAGGCACAACCCCAUACGCGCAACGCGCCCGGUACGACGCGCCGCGCACGCCUAGAUAAGGAGAAUGCAGGUGCGCUCCCAUCCAAGACGCCAUCUCGUGCUCCGCUCGGCAAGGCCGGUCCCUCUGGCCGGGCCCUCGGCGCACGCACAGUCGACCGCAACGUACAAGUCCAGCAGCCGUCCGAGGACAUUGCGCCAAAGCGGUUAUUCCAGGACGAGGGCAAGAAGGAGAAGAAGGUGCCGCUGCGGCUCAAGACCCCUGGCCCUAGCCACAUGAAGACGCCCGGUCCGCGGCAUAUGCGCACCCCCGCCCCACUUAUCUACCACGAUGAGCCACCUGUCCCACUUCCUAGCGCACAGCGGACGCGGCGGCGGUCACGCGCAAGUCUUCAGACCCCGCCGCACGAGGACGCCGAUAUCUCACUCGACUCGAUCCUCGAGGCCGAGGUGGAGCAGAUAGAGAUUGUGGCUGAGGACGACUUUGAGCUCGAGUAUGCGGCCCCGACAGCGGUGGAUAGGCCGUACGUUCCCGAAUGGUCGGACAGCGUACCAAACGUGGUGGAGACGAUGGUGACACUGGCCCAGAUCCGCCCGAUGAGUCUUCGCACCCCACCUUCCCCACCUUCCCCGCCACGCGACUUGAUGGAUGUUGAACCCUUUUCUUCUACAAUUACUCUUGUUCCAGACCAUUGCCUCAACCACCCUCUUCUUCAAAAGAAGAAAAUGACAAACGAGGCCAAGGAAACUGCACGCGUACCCGCACAACGGGCAGGUGCAACCACGACGACGAGCAGAUCGGUGAUUGGGGCCAGUCGCACCACAGCCACGCGACCCGCCACCGCUACGGGUGCUGUCCGUCCGACGACCUCGUCAGCGGCCCGCGCGCGGCCCCCGUCGGCGACUGAUGCGCUAAAGCGUCCCACGUCGACCACAGCGACUAGAGCUCCCAUAACGGCACGUGCCCCAGUCCGUCCGUCAACAAACUCUGCCCCCGCCCGCGUGCCUCUUGCCGCCCCUCGCGCCGCAUCGGCGACCACGGUCCGCUCCGGCCCAUCGCCUGCCAGCACGGCCGCCACGUCCAACACGCGGCCCGUGCGCCCAGCCACCGCCGCGGCUGUGCGUACUGCCACUCGCACCAGUGGGCCGGCUGGCACUACCACCCGCUCCGCCACCAGCACCCCAACGUCGCGGUUCACGCGCCUUCCCCCCCGCAUCAUCAAGGCAGUGAGGGCCCCCGUGCGUCCUGUCUCCCCAGGCCCCGCACUCCCUGCUGUCGGGAACGACAUGCUCGACCUCGACCUCGGGGUGCUUGACGAGAAGGCCGAGAGGGUCGAGGAGGUCGAGGACGACGGCAAGAUGGACGAUGACCAGGUUGAGAAGGUGACCGACAAGUUUGAGAAUGCGCCAAAGAUCGACGACGGGCCGAAGAACGAGAAGGAGCCCGACGUCGACGCCUCGUUAGAUGUCCCUAAGCCCGAAUCAGACGCUUCCGCUUCCGCUCUCGCCCUCGCACCCGUCAAGUCGCCCCUCAUCCUUUCCCCCGCGACCUUACACCCCCUCUCCCUCACGCCGACACUCAUGUCGCCGCUCAUGUCGCCGCGACUCACUAGCUCACCUCUCCGCGACGACGUAUUCGACUUUGCUGCACUCACGGCCGCCCUGCCAUCACUCGCGUCCUCGACGCCUGAGGAACACAUAGAGAUGUCUCCCCUCGCCCAGCCAGUCGACUUGGUGCCCACACCUCCCGGCGGCCAGCCCGACCGCCUCGUCAUCACGUUCGCGAACCGCCGCCUCGGACGCAUCUCGGAACGCACUGAGGUUGACUCGAGCUUUGACGACUCGUUCCACACGAGUUUUGACGCGUCGUUUGACGGCCCUGGUGCCGACGACAACAGCUAA